UCGUACCCGUUGUAAAGUCGAAUUUCGUUGUCUUUCGUCGUUUAACUUGCAAAGUCUGAGUUAAACAAAGGAUGGAGCUCGAAGUAUUUUAGUAUCGUGAAUAAUCUUCUUCUGUGAUUUACAUUUCAAAAUCCGAUGUAGGAGAUAUUCGGUUUCGGAAAGAAGUAAUUCCUUAAUUGCUAAAAAACUCUUUCCCUGCUUCCGCUUGGGCCUUCUAAAAUGGAAGACAAGCACAGAGAAAUCCUUCGAAAGUAUCGAGAUGCGUUUUUGAAGGACCUAGAACCUUUAAAGGUGAUAAACAGACUUGAUUUCCUUGAUGAUGAUGAUCGGGAUCAAGUGAAAGCGCAGAAAACGCGAUCAAAACAGGCUGAAGAAUUACUUGACAUGCUUCCCAGGAAGGGACCAGAUGCUUUUCAUGGAUUCAUCACAGCUCUGUACAGUGGUAGCCAAAAAUUCCUCGCGAGGCCUCUCAUUAAGGCUUCAGGGAUGGAAGAGUCACAUUUUUCAAAAGAUGAUGAAGUUGGUAUGACAACAGAACACAAAAAAGUCCUUCGUACAAGUUGCAACCAAUUGUCUUCCAUCUCUAUUGAAAAACUGGUGCCACUUCUACCCAAACUACUUGAUGAGCGUGACAAACAAGAACUUCAAAAUACUAGAAAGCCAAGCUAUGACAGAGUACAGAUGCUGCUGACUGAAAUACUCCCUAAAAAGGGUCCUGAAGCAUUUCAAUGUUUUGUGGAAGCUUUAAAGAGAAUUGAUCCACCAAAGGCUGAACAACUGCUGAUAAAAUCCGAAAUGAAAGGAUCUUCCAAUGGUGAAGAAUCACUCACAUCUACUGUUCCUGUACAAGAAACCUCUUCUAAUUACACACUGGCUUCCCCAGUCCAAGAUGUUCUUGAUGAUCAACACAAGCUGUUAGAAGAAUUUUGUACAAGAAUGGAUAAAGAAGUAUUAGGAAAUGGUUGGAAAAGACUUUGCAAAGAACUUGGCUUGCCAGAUGAGGCAGAAUCUUUUGUGGAAAAGGAAUGUGGAAGCCCUACAUUCUCUGUUAUAAAGGGUUGGAUUUCUCAUAAUGGAAGAAGUGCUACAAUACAGACUCUACUUGAUGCUAUCAACCGUUCUCAGCGCAAAGAUUGUGUAGCUUACCUUCUGAAACCUCUUAAUCUCAAUGGCGACGUGGUUGAUAGUCCUGUCACAGAUUUAACAAAGAAAUUUGAUCGUUUAAGUCCAAGAGAGGUUAAAUGUUUUGGAGACCUAACCUUCCAAGAAGCAUCUUAUAUCACAGAUAAGCUGGGACCUUCUUCAAGGGAACUGUUGAAGAGUGAACUUGAAAAAGAGCCCAAGCUAAGUGGCAAGACAUUACCAGACAUGAUGACACAAAGCAAAAAUUACCCCAUUCGUAGAUACACAAACCUCAUUACAGGGGGUGAAAGACCAAGUGUAGUACAGUUAUUUAGAGAGGUCUUGCCCACUCAAAAAGGAGUAAUAGGUCCAUUGCUCUCACCUGAUACAUUUGUAAGAGACAUACGGUACUCCUGUAGAAGAAACCUGACCAGAAACUUGUGUGCGGACGACAGUUGGAAGGCUUUAGCCGAGAAACUUGGUAUGGACAACACCACGAUCCAAUACCUUGACAACAGAAGAGUAGAAAACCCAGCUGAUGAAGUCUUGAGACACUGGGAGGUCAAGGCUUAUAGCACAGUUGGAACAUUGUAUGACAUUCUGGUCGAUCUAGAGCGUCCACUCAUUGCUGAUCUUUUGUAAAGAGCAACUGUUGCUAUAGGAACUGUUUUUCUAGUAAACCAAACAGGGCGGUUUUUUUUUUUUUUUUUUUCGGAUUGAGUAAAGUAGAACCAAACCCACAUUAGUCUCAGUGAAGUAAAAGAGAACAAUCAAAACUCAAAGUGAAACUGACAGAAGCGCUGCAAAAUGUGGAUCAAUCAUUCGUGACUUUUUUUAACUUUUGCAUAUGAUUGUUUCAGCCAUGGGCGCGAGUUUGCUAUACCUAAGACUUUUCCUAAUUGUGGACGUCCCCACUGACACGCGAAAGUCAAAUAUUUCGUUUCCUUGUUCUCAUUGUGCUAUUUGUGCUAAAAAAUUUAAACAGAGGAGUAAAAGUGCGCGAUGGAUCGCUGAGAAGACGUACUGUCGCCAUAAGGUGACCUGUAAAAUCUACUGUGCCUUUUUUUUUUUUUUUUAAACAAAGGUUAACUCGUGUCGCGGUUUUGCAGUUGUGGAGUGACUUUCUAACGCUCUUUUUUUAGUAACAUCGUAUGGAUAUUAUGAUUUUUAGCAUUGCGUAGAGGACUUGCAGGAAGUUUAAUGAAAUAUUUUUGUGUGUGUUUUAGUCUUAAAGUGGACAAAUUGUAUUGUAAGAAAACCGAGUAAAAUAACAUAAAAAAUAAGCAAAUUAUUACCCAAGAAAUGCCAAUGUUGCGGUCUUAAGCCGGCAAUGGAUUAAGAAGUAGGAAGUUAUUAGAUUAACCAAAUGAUUAUACAUUGGUGUUAAGCUAAGAAACUUACUCGGCCAUUUCAGAUUUCAUGCUCUCAGUGGUCACUCUAACAGACUUGAAUCAGCUAAAAGAAAAUUAUGGAGAAAACCCCUAAUCAAAUUUUGGUUUAUCCAUUAGGAACAAAUCGUGGUUUAUCUUUAAGUUCAAAAGUCGUCAUUGGACAAUUUAUCGCCUGGAGUCUUCUCUAAGAAUUCCCAUGUAGGAGAGGGAACGUUGUUUUCCAUUUUAUUUAUAUACAGUUUUAAUGCCAUUAAACCUACAGUUGUGGUGGUGGAGCGACUCGGCUGACGAUAAGACAUACAAAUAUAUUUCGUGUAGGUACUAGGUUUUUCAGAUUAUGCAUUAUGCUCUCUUGGUUUGGCCAUUUUGCUAUAAUUGCACAAUCAAUGUGUAUUGGGGACGUUUUCGGUUUCCAUUAUUUUUUGGUAAUUAUUAAAUGUGUGAAAACCCUAGAAAUACUGUAUCAUAACCUAGAAGAAUAGAGGUGGUACUUGUUAGCCAAUUUAAGAACUAGGUAGCUUGAAGUUAAUGUAAUAGAUUAAUAAAAAUAAUGAUUUAUGGUUUUGAA